UGGAGAAGGCCGAAGGAGGAGGAGGGGGAGGGCAGGGGAGCAUAUUACGGCCGCAGCUUUGCUUAAGCUGCAGAGGGGGCGAAAGCGGCGGAAGAGCCCGUUCAAGCAUCUGCCAGCCGCGGAACUGAGGAGGGCGGCAAGCAUCGGCCGUGAGCAACGCCGCUGCCUCUUCUUUUCUGCCCUUUCCCGUUCGAGGCGGCGGCGGCAGCGGCAGCAACAGUCGGAACAACCUGUGCCUGGUCGCCCACCGUCAAAGCGACCCCUCCCUUCUCGGCGGCAAGAUGGAACAGCUGAAGGCUUUUGAUAAAGAAGUAAAUGAGUUUGUGGAUUAUAUGUUUGGAGAUAGAGAUCCCAGGGUCAGAGGGUGGCUUAUGCUGGAUUCAUACUUACCUACUUUUGCUCUCUCCAUGCUAUAUCUGCUCUUGAUAUGGCUGGGCACCAUGUUUAUGAAGAACAGGCCUGCUCUGUCUCUCAGGGGUCUUCUUAUUGUGUAUAACUUUGGAGUCACAAUGCUAUCGUUUUACAUGCUGAUAGAGCUAAUUCUUGCUACACGGGAAGGAAAUUAUAACUUACAAUGUCAGAACUUGACCAGCGCAGGAGAAGCUGACCUCAGGGUGGCCCGGGUGUUGUGGUGGUAUUACGUUUCCAAAGUAAUUGAAUUUGCUGACACUCUUUUCUUUGUUUUGCGAAAGAAAAACAAUCAAAUAACUUUCCUUCAUGUUUAUCAUCAUGUCACUAUGUUUAACAUCUGGUGGUGCGUCAUGAACUGGAUACCUUGUGGACAAAGUUUCUUUGGACCCACUUUGAAUAGCUUUAUCCACAUCCUCAUGUACUCCUACUAUGGACUGUCUGUCAUUCCAUCCAUGCGUAAAUACCUUUGGUGGAAGAAAUACCUCACUCAAGCACAACUGAUUCAGUUUCUGCUCACCAUUACGCAUACACUCAGUGCAAUUGUCAAACCCUGUGGUUUUCACUUUGGAUGCCUCAUCUUCCAGUUCUCCUAUAUGGCUACAUUGGUGGUUCUGUUCAUUAACUUUUAUGUCAAGACAUAUCAGAAAGCAUCUUCAAAAGCUAACGUGAAAGAGAUUCCUCUGGUGACAGAAAUUAAGAAUGGGUUCCAUAAAAACUACCUAAAGGAAAUUAAUGGUGCUCUGAAGAAAAAAGUACAAUAACCAUGUUUUUACUAUUACAUUGUAGAAUACAAAUACCUCUCACAACACUUUUCUAAAACAAAGCAAAACUAUUAUACACAACUUUAGUACAACUUGGUGGUAACUGAUUCUUCUACUCCCCAUUUAAAUGAUUUCUUUUUAACAAUAGACUAUUAAAUAGUGAAGGCACUUACCUCUUUUAUCGGGCUGAAGGCAAUUUGCAUUCUGUAAUUCUUAAUAUAGAGAAGAUGCCUUGAGAACUUUCCCUUUAAUAACAAAGAUUUGGAUAUUCUUGAAUAGAAUCUAAAAAGUUAAACUAGUAGCAAACUUCAGUGAUACAGCUCACUGCUUUUUUGUGUUCUCUUAGUUUCACUUGAUUUAUAAUAGGGGGGAAAAAAUCUUGUGUUGCUCAAAAAUCUUGGUCGUUGCCUUGAUGGUGCUAUAGAUUGCUCUUAUCAUCCAUUCUAGAAACAGGAUGGAAUAUAUAGUGCAAUGGGAUUAAUUACAAAUUCACAUUUAUCUACAGUGAAACCAUUGGAACAUUAGUGUGUCUGUAUGCCAUCUUUUCAAAAUGCACUGCUUUAAAACUGAACAGGAAUAGCUCCAUAAACCUCUCCUUGAAUGUUUAUAUCAGUAGCUAUGUACCUUAAACACCAUGACUAUCACACAAUGGGCUGAAAGUUAUUAACUUUGGAGGCUGAAGUCCAACAAUUUUGGUUUUAUUCCCAAAUGUCAAUUGUUGCUUUGAAAUUCAACAGAGACACUAUCUAUUCUCAUUAUGCCACAUCUACAGACAACUAAAACCGAUUCAGCAACUCAAAUGGCUGGUUGAGUGUACGUUAACAUUAAUAUUAUAAUUGAGACUAGCAAUGCAACAAAGUAACUCAGCAUUUCUGAAAGCAAGUUUGCCCAUGUAUGCCAACUUGGCAUUUUGGAUACCAAGUAAAAUUCUAUUCACAUGAGAUGUGAAAAGCUUUAUAUCAUUAGAAUUCAAAUACUGAAGAUAGGACUACCCAAAUCACCCUAGACAGAGCUAAAUGCUUUUAUCCAGUUCGAUACCUUUUCUAUAGUUAUAGAAAUAGGUAACAGGUGGACAGAAGCAUUUGCACAGCUAGUAAUUCCACAUACUCGAGACAAGAGACACGAUCAAUUCUAAAAGUAAAUGAUGAUAGGGGACAGUUGGUAUUUGGCUGAUCAUUUUACAUUUUAUUUUGCACACCAUUUCUACAUUUUUAGUGUCUGACUUCAUAACCAAUUUGGAAGAGUACGUUAUUAUCAUUCCUAUAGCACAGUGUUUCUCAACCUUGACCAUUUUAAGGCAUGUGGACUUCAACUCCCAGAAUUCCACAGCCAAUAGCAGGAGGAGGAAGAUACGAAAACAGAGUGGACAGAGAUUCACUGAAAACAUUUUUUCACCAAUUCAGCUUAAGUAUUUCUCCGAAAGGUUCAAUAGUAGGAUUCAGGAUUUCUGUAUUAUAAUUCCUAAAAUAAGUUUCAUUUCAUUUCCCAUAACUCUCUGCUGAAAGUCAACACUAAAAACCCUAGAAAAGUGGUUCUCAACCUGUGGGUCGGGACCCCAUUUGGGGGUCGAACGACCAUUUCACGGGGGUCGCCAAACAAGGCUGUCUGCCAUUUUUUCCCUUUUCUUUGGCCACGCCCCUGGCACCCGGUGAUAUAUAAGUGGUUGGGGGUCACCACAACAUGGGGAACUGUAUUAUGGGGUCGCGGCAUUAGAAAGGUUGAGAACCACUGCCCUAGAAGAACUUCAUUCCAUCAGAUGCAUUAGACCACGAGUCUCCAAAGUUGGCAACUUUAAGGCUUGUGGACUUCAGCUCCCAGAAUUCCCCAGCCAGCAUGGCUGGCUGAGGAAAUAAGGCAGCUGAAGUCCACAAGCCUUAAAGUUGCCAAGUUCUGAUCUGACUGAUUGGGAGUGCUGAGAACUGAAAGGUUUACUGAGGGUAACAACUGAGGAAGAGAGUUUAACCCAAGUAAGUCAGCAAUGUAAGUCUGUAACGGGGAGGACCCAUAAUGAACAAUAUUCAUGAGUCACUGAAGGGAUUCUCGUAGAAACCUUUCCACAGGUCAGUGAAUAUUAGAGAUAGUAAAUUAUACAAGGAUUGUCUCACUCAUCUUGAUGGUUUCAAACCCCCCCCCCCAACACUGCCUUAAUGAUUAAGCUUAACCAAGCUUUUAAAGGGCUGAAAAAAUGUUAUCCUGUUAACAUUUAAAACCGUUUGAAUAAGCUACAUUCAGGUAUUCACUGAAUGCAGAAAAACCAAUCAAAAUGCUGCUAUUUUGAAUCACAACCAAGAUUAUGGCUUUUAAAAUGAUUUUCUUGUAAACAUUGACUAUUGAAAAUAAAUGAUGUUUUACAGCAACAUA